CCAAAAAUUGGCGCUCCGCUCUUCACAGACAAAGCAAAAUUUCUCCUCACUUAGAUUUCAGACCUAACUCCUCUGAUCUCUCUCACUUCGAAUCCCUAAUUCUUCUUCUUGGUUCUCUGUAAAUUUCUUAGAGUAAAUGUCGAAUUUCUCACGGGAAUCAUGUCCAUCGAUAAAGAACAUACUACUAUUAGAUUCAGAAGGAAAUCGUGUAGCUGUGAAGUAUUACUCAGAUGAAUGGCUAACACAAAGUGCUCAAUUGGGAUUUGAGAAAUCUGUGUUUACUAAAACACAGAAGACUAAUGCCAGAACAGAAGCGGAGAUAGCAAUGUUUGAGAACAACAUUGUUGUCUAUAAGUUCUUCCAAGAUCUUCACUUUUUUGUUACCGGUGGGGAUGAUGAAAACGAGCUUAUCUUAGUUACAGUUCUUCAGGGAUUUUUCGAUGCAGUUACGCUUAUCCUAAGGAGCAAUGUUGACAAAAGGGAGGCACUUGAAAACUUGGAUCUUAUCCUUUUAUGCCUUGAUGAGAUUGUUGACGGCGGGAUAAUUCUUGAAACAGAUGCAAGCGUUAUUGCUGGUAAAGUGGAAAGCCAUAGUGUGGAUGCUUCAGCACCUUUAUCUGAGCAGACAAUAUCACAGGCACUUGCCACUGCUCGUGAACAUUUUACAAGAUCUCUUCUCAAGUGAUGAAACCUGUUUUCAAUAUUGCUCAUUUUUCUUCCCUUUUCCCGUUUCUUUUCGGUUUUUUAAUUUUUUUAAAGGUGGUCCAUUUUAUACAGGAUAAACCGGAUCCUUCACCCCAAUUUGUCUUACUAAACAUGAUCUACUUUCACAAUUGUAAUUCGUAAUUUGAUAGGUAUUCAUUUCCUUCGUUUUACAGAUAUACCUGUUAUCUAAAUGAAACCAUUGUGUAACUUGUGUUCUAACAAGAAUGAUCUUCUCACCUUGGUUUCA